CCACCUGAAUACAUCUCCCCCUCCCUGAACAUAUUUUCUGUAAAUAGUUUAAUUUAUAUUAAUUAAAAUCCAUUGUACGUUUAAGACAAUGGAAAAAUUCAGGGCCCAACGCCGAAUGUUUACAAUAAAUGGUGCUUUCGUAUAAAAAAUUUAAGAUGCCGGAAAGAUUAAUGGUACAGGGAUUGAAGAAAACAGCUAGCGGCUAAGUUCACGCCCACCUACUUUUGACAUUCUAUCAAAAAUAUUGAAAUAAACCAGUUUUUGGAGAUAAUUAACUAAAUUGCAGUCUCUAUGAGGAAAUGGUUGUUGUAAGCGGGAGUUGGGUGAAAAAUGUGGCAACUUACCCAACCCCUGCCAACAACAAUGAUAUGGUAAUACCGACAACGAAUAAGAUGAGUGCUAAAGCGAUCUUAACUUGCCGACCAAAUUCGCAUCCGUUUCAAGAGCGGAUACUUACGUUAGAUCAGCCCGUGAAAGUGGGACGAUCGGUCGCUAGGGCGAGAGCGACUGCCACUAAUGCCAUAUUCGAUUGUAAAGUGCUGUCACGUCAUCACGCCGUGCUCUGGUACGAUUCUGGAAAAUUUUACCUACAGGAUACUAAAAGUAGUAAUGGUACGUUUGUGAAUAACAACAGACUGUCUAGUUCGGAAUCGGAACCGCAUGAGGUUUGUUCGGGCGAUUUAGUUCAAUUUGGAGUGGACGUAGUAGAAAAUAAUCAUAAAGUUACCCAUUGUUGCAUUGUCGCGACCCUUAAGCUUUAUUUAGCUGAUGGAAAAGAAGCUAAAGCGAGCCCAAGCAUUACAGAGAAUAGUAGGCAUGGUCUAAUCCCUUUAGAUGAAUUGUACAAACUUAACCAAAUUAUUCAAGAGGCCUGUCAGCGAGAGCAAUGUCUUGAGAAUAAGUUGAAUGCCUUGCAGCAAAUUGUCGACGAGACUAGACGGUCGUCCGAUGAAAGUUGGCAGGCAUACAUUGGCGAGGAAAGACUUCUAUCUCGAGUUGCCACCUUAGAGAAUCAACUUUUGCAAGUAAACAAAAAUAUUAGCGAUGAUCGACUGCGGGAAGAACUCAACAAAUUACAGGAGGAGCGAACCGUGUAUCAGAUUGCGGCAAAAGACACGCUACACAAGCUGCACGCGGAGAGAUUGGAGGCCGUAGUAACGGCGAGCGAACAGGAACGAGCAAAGCUAACUGCCGAACAGGAGUUUAAGCUCGCCAAAGAUCAGUUGACUCACGUUCAACAAGAGCUGCAGGAGUUGGCGCAUAAGCUAAUGUUAGAACAGCAGAAAUUGGAGGAGGAACGUGUCCAAGUGAGGCAACGAGAACGCGAGUUACAAACCAAGUUAGAAACGGAAUCCCAAACAGUUACCGACCUACAAAGCAAACUUGAACAGUACAAAUUGUUGGUACCGAAUCCGAUGAAAGAGUUACUGCCGAUCGAAGAGUUGGAGAAGUGUAGCCUAAUUUAUACGGACGACAUGAAAAGCAAAGAGCAAAUGUUGAGUGAGAUGGAAAACUGCGAAAUGGAUUACAGCAACGCUAAUAACACUGAACAGAAUCACAUCAACUUAAGGGUGGCCCCGGUGUGUAACGACGGAGAGGAAACGGAUACAGGCACGGAUGUCGCUAGCGAUACCGAAUUGGUGGCCGAUGGUUCCAUAGAUACAACUAGCACUACGCUUAUGGGAGAUUUCGACCGUUCGCUGACGGAUUUUUCAGAGAACGAGAAGGAGUUCGCCGCCAACUCGGAGCUUGCAAAAAACGACUAUGACGAUUUGCAAGAUCCUAGCGACGAUGAGGAAAAGGAUGCGGAUUGUAAAGAAGGAAAGAUAGACUCAAAAACGUUAAAGUAUCACUUUCAGUCUUUAGAAAACAAGUUAAAAAACCAACUGGAAUGCUUGCAACAGGAGGCCAUUGUUAAUAAAAAUAAGAUUGUGAUGCUUGAAAGCACGCUCGCUCAAGAAAAGGAGAUUAAUAUCGACAAAGGGGAGGAAUGCAUGUUACUAAAGCAAGAGUUGAGUAUUUAUCAACAGAAAUGGAAGGAGAGCUACAAUCAGUUGCAGAAGAGGCAGGACGUGAAUCCGCUUGUGAACUCAGACAUAUCAAACGAUGAAAGCACAUAUGAAAAAAUUAAGUCGCUCGAAGAGGAACUGGUCACGCUAAAAGAAAAAUUUGCAUCAAUAAACGAUGAAAGGCUGUCAUUAAGUAGAAGCCUGGUCACAAUUCAGAGCCAGUACCGAAACGUAUGCAAUCGCUCGUACAACAUGAUGUUUUGCUACAUGGCCCCCUUAGUGUUUAUGGUUCUUUAUUUAAUAUUCAGUCAGUACUUCUCUUGACUGACCGCCAUACUUUUUAUAUUCUUCUAUGUUUGUUACAAAUACGGUGUCAAACUGAUUAACGAGACAACGUAAUGAUGAGGCAAUAAGUUUAUCCUUAAUGUUCUUUCGUAAGCCAUUUUUGUUAUAGACAAUAAAAUUCUUAGCAAAU